UUGUGUGAUUUAGAUUGCCCACAGGAAUGUUCACGCAAGGCACAUUUCGGAUGUUUUGUGAGUGAAAUAUCUCCCUACCGCGCUCGUCAUCGUUUUCAUGCGUCCUCAUUUACUCGAUUUCACGCCAUACCGAUACUGUGGAAUAGUUCAACAUGCUGCAUAAAAAGAAACGGUGGACCGCUGCCAUCCAUGCUACGGGACAGCCGCCCAUUCCCGUGCUACUGCCAACAGCCACUUCCCCCAACUGUCAGUGGAUUUCUCAUCCUCCUUCAUCAAGUCCGGGGGCGAGACUACAACCCCGGCUACCAACACCUCCAGCUGCCAAUCAGAUGAAUAACCAGAUUCCAUCAGCGCAUUCCUAUUCGGGGGACAAUGUGCCCCCUGUUUCCAUAAAUGCUCACUUGACUCCCGCACGCUCCAAUCCUGUUGAAAGUUCCCAGCUGGGUUCAAAACCCCAAACCCCAUCCAACCGUCCAUCAGUUUGCAAUGAGGUAUCAGGACCCAGCACAACACCCAUAAAUCGCAACGACUUAUCCUCCAAUUUGAUUGCAGCCAUUACUAACUCACCCGAGCUUUUGCAGCAGUCUGGCUUGUUGCUGCACAUACUACCGCAGGAGUAUAUUGAAAAAUAUACCAAAAGCUUGGAAAAACGCAACAACACUAACAAAAGUGCCUACGAUUCAGGUACUAGUCAUAACAGUUUGACUGGGCAAAGCUCUGAUAUCGGUGCUAGAGCAGGGUCCAACGAAGGUCCAGGGGCACAGAUCAGUCCACCCUUGCGUGCCUCCCAGCCCUCUAGCCGACCUAGUUCAACGGAUUUCCCGCAAGUAUUUCGCACCACCAGUCCCUCCAACUUUGUAUAUCAAGUUUCGGUACCCAGAUCAAGCACAAUCGAUGCGAACCGAGUGGCACCUCGCACUACUCUUGGUCCGCGACUAGUGACCCCACAAGCGCCAAUUUAUUCCUCUUCCACCACACCCAGCACCCAACAGCAAUCACCACAUCGUCGUCUGAGCGGUUCCGCUGAAGGACUCGUUAGCAAGGGAGGCUGGGGGACUUCGUUGCAGCAUCCUGCAUCACAACAGCCUCAGCUACCCAGUUUGGAUUAUUCGACGAUCUCCGCUGUGGCACGCGCAGCAAGUCUGCUACAUUCAUCCUCUCGGAUGAAUAGCGCCGCUGCUCUGCUUUCACAAUGGGACCCAGCCACUCAGCUGGCCCUCCUGUCUCAGGUUCGCGAGGGAGUUAAUCGCGCCGACAACUUUGACCAGAAGCAAUCUGCGACUAGUCUCACCUCUUAUCCGGCCCCUCCCCCCGUUUCUUCGUCCCUGACAGUCGGCGGGUAUCAUCCCACUUCUACGUCCAUGGGUAAUUCUCUGAUUGGCAGAGUUUUCGGCAGUCAGCAAGACUUACCAAAACUCCGGAACCAGAUUGAUGUCUCGCCCCAUGUUACGAGAGUUCAUACUCCCAGUAAUCAGAAUCCGGCAGCAGAUGUCAGACGUCAAACACCAAAACCAACCAUGUCUCAAGCCCGCCAAUCGGAUAGUCGCCUUCCGCCCACGGGAUCAGCAAACGUGGAGAACUUGAAGUCUUUUCGGGAUACCCCGCCGUGGCUAUCCACUGAUGGCCGCUCAGAUCAAAAUGUCCACGUAAAUCCAGUUGUAGAAGCUGCUGAUGCUCGACUGUCUAUUCUACAAGAUGCGAAACUGGCUGCUCUCAGUGUAGAAUGGCCAGCGUUGAACAGUGCUUGCCAGAAUUCGGCUCAGAGUAAAACACAGAGGGCUCGAUCUUCUACCUCCUUCUCCUCGCCAGGGUUACCAGCUCCAGGAACCGUUCCUAUGUCGCUACCACCCACAAUUUCACAAACGACUGCCUUACAUCCCGUCCCACCUCGGUGUACAAUGGAUGCGAAAGAAAGCCCGCCAUCGGAUAGUCGCCUUCCGCCCACGGGAUCAACAAACGUGGAGAACUUGAAGUCUUUUCGGGAUACCCCGCCGUGGCUAUCCACUGAUGGCCGCUCAGAUCAAAAUGUCCACGUAAAUCCAGUUGUAGAAGCUGCUGAUGCUCGACUGUCUAUUCUACAAGAUGCGAAACUGGCUGCUCUCAGUGUAGAAUGGCCAGCGUUGAACAGUGCUUGCCAGAAUUCGGCUCAGAGUAAAACACAGAGGGCUCGAUCUUCUACCUCCUUCUCCUCGCCAGGGUUACCAGCUCCAGGAACCGUUCCUAUGUCGCUACCACCCACAAUUUCACAAACGACUGCCUUACAUCCCGUCCCACCUCGGUGUACAACGGAUGCGAAAGAAAUCAAGCGAAUAUCUCCUAAUCCGUGUGCACCUGAAUUGAAUUCACCUGGUUUGCUGUCUCGAACAAGACAGGUCACGCCGGGUACGAAUCAGGCGGAACUACCCAAUGCGACUAAGCCCCCAACACCUGCAGGAUACUGCGGAACAACUCAGGUUAGGCAUCACGUAACUCCUUCACCAACGCUGGCGCCAUCGGCUUCGUCACUAGGAGUCACUGCGACGGAAAAUUCGAACGUUUUCAACAGGCAGGUGGUUUCAAACGUGCUUUCUACUCCUGGCCGACCAAGUGAUGAGAAAUCCCCCAGACCAACCGUUUACCCAGGUGUUUCCCUUAACGCGCUUCAUAAGAUGAUGAACUCACCUACCGGGGAACCGAUCCUUCAUACAAGCGGCAGUGGGGGUGAGAUGUCCUUUUCGUGGCCACCACCAAAAGGGUAUGAAUCUCAGCCCCGGCGGCUAUCUACACCAUCGGAUAUAACAAACACAGGCCACCUGAAACCAUCACCUGAUGAAGAAGAGGCACAGAAAUCUAGUCGAACUCCCACCGAGACUCGUUCUACGGCGAUGCCUUUGAAAAAACGAUUGAUACAACGGUAUGAGGCUGACAAUGGAACGACCAUUGGUGCCUGUUCGUCUAACCUGUCCACCAUCUCUGCGACAUCUCCGGACCUAACGCGAUACCUGUCAGCCGGGCCAAAACUUUCUCCCCAUUCUCCCUUGCGAUCCGACAGUUCGUUCAUCUCAGGUGUGGAUCAACCUCCUACCGGCUCACACGAGCGUGUUCUUUCUGUCGGCAAGUCUUCCGAGAAGUCCGAACAUCCUGGAAUUGCUUCAAAGAAGCGAAAACCCAAUAAAGGGCGUAGCUUAUCCGAUGUGUCCGACGGGAGUUGGGAGAAGAAACCCAGUGGAAGGUGCGUUACUGCGGGUGGCAUGGGAAACAAGCAUGCUGGGGGUUCAAGGGAUCCACGAAAGCGUGACGGGAGCACCACUCGCAGGUCAGACAGCUACGCACGGGAACCGAAGAUUUCAAAAUCCAAGGCUCGAACAGUAAAGUCUGAAGACAGUGGAAACAUAUCAGAUCAGAAAACACGGAAGCAAACACAACGGCGAACGCGGCAACCUAGUUCGGAUGCAAGCAGUGCUCAAUCGUCUUCACGUUUGGACGAUGGGGAUGAGCCACCUCGACGUCGUAUGGCUGCGGUCAACGGAACCUAUCUGAUGAUGGUGGCGUCCAGAGCACAUCGAAGUCACAGUUCAGCCAGCAGUGCCAGUAGUUCCAGUCUGCGUAGUGUCGAGGCAGGUGUGGAAAGUGACUUUGAUCAGAAUGUUGACGAGACGACUAAAUCCGGUAAAGCUUCUAAAUCCUACGCACGGACGAAGAUGGAGAAGGUCCAUCACUCUUGCGAUUCAACAGAUUCGACGAACGACGCGGUUUCGGAUGGGAAACGGACAGGUGCCACAACUCAAGCGAUACAGCACGAUCGUGUACGCAAACCGAAAAGAGCAGCUGCGUUGGCUGCUUCCGCGGCUACUGCUGCGUCGGCCACUGUCGGAAUGAAGCGACCUCGUUUGUCUUCAACACAUAUGGAUCUGAUGCAACAGCCCUCACAACAUCAAGUUACGGAUCGAGAGGAUGAGGAGGUGGAUGCUGACGAUGAAUCCAUGUCCACCGAUGGGGCUUCAUCCAUUAUGACCCUGGAUCCAAAAGGCCCCACGACGAGCUCAGUUCUCGAUGAGUUGUCGGCAGCUUUGACGGAGGAUAAGUUGCCGUUUGAGGAGUUGAUGCAUCAGAUCCCUGGACCUCCCGAUCUGCAACAAUUGACAGAUCAUUCACUCCGUCCAACACACUCGCUCGACCAUUACCGACGCAGCCGAACUGCCUUCGUUCAGUUGGUCAGCUGCAACGAUCCUGGUUUGAAACAAAUACCCAAAUGCCGUGCCUGCCGACAGCUCAAACGUUCACACGUGGACAAUUCGACAAGUUUGAUGAUGAACGGAGGUAUGGAGUCGAGCUUAUCUGAUGAAGAGGGUCGUCCUGGGGAACAGAGAUUGACUACAAGCGGUACAACAGGGGUGAAUGGAGCCGCGCAGUUCAAGCGUCCUUCCGGCCGAAACGGACAUACGGAAAAGGGUAGCAAGGAGAGUUCGGGUGACAAUGACCGAGUGAAUAGCGGGGACAAACAGAGGGGAAAGAAGACGACCACUUCCUCUCCAGUAUCUGUUUUUUGCCGUUUCUGGGGAUUUAGGAAGCUGAUAUUCAACAAUCGUGGCAUAUUGAAAAUAGCUGGCUUUUGUCACUCGAAUGAGGCCGCUCCGAUCGACCGUUCUUUGUGGGAAAUGUACUAUCCAGUUUCCCCUUGCGUGGAUCCAGCCAACGCCAAGUACCUCCUGGAACGCGCGGGAGUGUUAUUCUGUCGUCUUUUGCGUCAAGAAGUUGCUAUUCUCACUGGAUACAGUGACCGUGAACCGAUUGUGCACCGCGGUCCCGGAGCUCCACCAAAGAACGGAAUACGGCGGGGUAAUGUUUCAACCAACGCUACUGCUGCUGCCUUGGGUGUUACGGCCAAUCGGGGGCAUCCAGCAAACGUAGUCGCAUGGAAACGACCGGUGAAAGGCGUCCGUGAGAUGUGUGAUGUUUGUGAGACGACUAUGUUCAAUACUCACUGGGUUUGUGCCAAAUGUGGUUAUUCCGUUUGUGUGCACUGCUGUGAGGAAGCAAGGGUGAGGAAAAACCGUGCCAAGUCCGAGGUCGAUGGGGAACCCCGGGACGUCAAUCCAGUGAAAGAGAAAAACAAAGGAAAACAACCACGAUCUCGAGCUGGUCCUCCCGGAUGGGCUUCGUGUACUACCACUCGGCAGCAUCACGAUCCCGACAGGUUGGUCCUCACUUCCUUACUGCCCGCCUCCACAAUCGGUAAGCUACUCCAUCAAGUCCAUCGGAUAUCACGGCAUUACCAGAUUCGGAUGGGUUGCGACUGUCUCGCUCCAACGAACUUUCAGACCAGACAGUCAGAGAGUCGGACCGCUUUGUCACCGACAAGCGAGAACUCCCUGGAUCUGCUUGCGGACUUAGCCUUGAAAACAGAUUCCAAAAUACCCAAGGGUGUGGAACAAGUUGAAAAUGGCUUGUACGGCAUGGAAAGGACGGCGGCCAGCUCGACCGGCGUGAAAUCAGUCGAUCCUAUCACGCUCCCACCACACACGUGGAUACGGAAGCCAGAGCCUGCAUCACAUGGAGGGGAAAACAGUGCGAACGAUGUACCCGAUCCAUGCAAUCAGGCUCGGGACAAAUAUCGUGUUUUGCAGCUGCACGAUGCAGAUUCUACGCAUACUUCGGCCGCAUUCCAGCGUGAAUGGCGAGCUAACCGACCCGUGGUCAUCUCCGGAUGCCAUACGAAAUUCAGCCCUUCCCUAUGGACACCGCGUAGUUUUACUGAUGAGUUCGGUCCGCUGAGAACUACUCUAGUUGAUUGUGCUACGGGAAUCGAGCUGACCAGGUAUCCACUCCGAACAUUUUGGGAUGGAUUCGAGCGCAAAGCAAGACGCUUGGUUAGUAAAGACGGUCGUGCACUGUGUCUCAAAUUGAAGGACUGGCCAACUACUGAUGACUUUGCCGAACUUCAACCGCAUCGAUUCAACGAUCUAAUGAUGAAUCUCCCGAUGCCAGAGUACACGCGUCGCGAUGGUCAGUUGAAUCUUGCCGCUCGGCUCAACUCGUUCUUCGUCUGCCCGGAUCUAGGCCCCAAGUUAUACGUAGCCUACGGUACUGGAGGCUCUCGAUCGAUUGGCACUACCAACCUGCAUGUGGAUAUCGCGGAUGCUAUAAAUCUCUUGCUCUAUGUCGGUCACCCAUCCGAUUCUGUGGAAGAAAGCAACGCGAAUGCGGAGGCAGUUUUGAACGUAAUGCGUCAGGCUAAUGUGGAUCCCAUUUAUUUGGAAAGAGCCAUGAACUGGACGAAGCAAAUACAAUACUCCAACGGCUCCACGUGGACUAGUUCCAAUUCAUCAACGUCCAACGGCCUGGAUGUUGGGCCGCCGGGUGCGUUGUGGCAUAUCUUCUUACCCAAGGAUAUGCCGGCCUUACGAGAAUUUCUAACCCAAAUAACUGAAGAGGAAACCGGAGCUCCUUUGGAACCAGGCAGUGAUCCGAUUCAUGAUCAGUUGUUCUAUUUGGACCAGCCACUGCUUGAUCGAUUAUACGCGAGUACGGGAGUCCUUGCGUGCACACUAGUUCAAUUUACCGGGGAUGCCAUCUUUAUUCCGGCGGGAGCUGCGCAUCAGGUUCGAAAUCUGAACAGUUGUAUCAAAGCUGCCGUCGACUUUGUUUCACCCGAACAUCUACCUCAGUGUUUUCAAUUAAUCGAACAGUUUCGUCGGCUGUCUGCCACCCACCAGAACCACGAGGAUAAAUUACAAGUGAAAAAUAUGUUGUUUCACGCCGUCAAGGACGCUUUAUCUGUGUUGUUGGUGGCCGGUGACUCCCAAAAUGACCGAAAAGUAGGGGGUGUAGAGAAACCCGAAGAGGAAGCGGCUGGUGAUCAGCCACUAAUGAACAGACUUGGUCAACUAUUCGAUCCCCACCAAGCUACACCGAUGAUGAAUGCCAGCCUGUUACCGGAAGAAGAAACCAUCGAGUUUGAGCCUCUUUCACGAACCGGCCCUACUGAUCCGGACACAGUCGAACGUUCACUGAAUGCAUCACGUCGAAGUCUGGUAAGUCCGCCAGGCAGCGGAGCCUCCAAAGGUCGGCCUGGACGACCGAAAAACAUGUUUUCCGUCCCGGGCAAAAUUUCCCCAUCCUGCAAAUCUUCACCAGAUUCCGAUUCAUUUCGAGCAGCCAAACUGGACAGCCAUGCAUCGAAUCCCCCUGUGGAUGGUCACACCCUUCCAGCACAGUCCAGCUCGUGCACUCCGUCCAUAUCAUCUUGCAAUAGAAGUCCCGUGAUGGAGGAUAAUCGAGUGGCUCAGAUGUCUACGGACGAGGCUCUACAGACUUGAUUUCCCACACCCACUCCCGUUAUCCAAAUUUGCGCCACUCACCAGCCCCGUUCUGUCAAGACAGGCGGGCGUCUUUCUUACGAAGAUUGUCUUCUUCUCAGUCUUCUGUGAUUGUACAAUCGAUCUUUUUCUUUUCUUAGCCAAAGUGACUAAAAAAAACCCUACUGAUCCGGACACAGUCGAACGUUCACUGAAUGCAUCACGUCGAAGUCUGGUAAGUCCGCCAGGCAGCGGAGCCUCCAAAGGUCGGCCUGGACGACCGAAAAACAUGUUUUCCGUCCCGGGCAAAAUUUCCCCAUCCUGCAAAUCUUCACCAGAUUCCGAUUCAUUUCGAGCAGCCAAACUGGACAGCCAUGCAUCGAAUCCCCCUGUGGAUGGUUACACCCUUCCAGCACAGUCCAGCUCGUGCACUCCGUCCAUAUCAUCUUGCAAUAGAAGUCCCGUGAUGGAGGAUAAUCGAGUGGCUCAGAUGUCUACGGACGAGGCUCUACAGACUUGAUUUCCCACACCCACUCCCGUUAUCCAAAUUUGCGCCACUCACCAGCCCCGUUCUGUCAAGACAGGCGGGCGUCUUUCUUACGAAGAUUGUCUUCUUCUCAGUCUUCUGUGAUUGUACAAUCGAUCUUUUUCUUUUCUUAGCCAAAGUGACUAAAAAAAACCUACCUGGCUGCCUAAUGAGGGUUGCUUUCAGAUACGUCAUUGGUAGCAAUUGAACGGAUUGUCAAGUUUCUGAACCAAUGGAGCUUUUUUUCAGUCCAGCCCAUUCUUCCCCCCCUCUCUGUCUUAUUCCAGGCGCCCAGUGUCAGUCAUUCAGCUGCACUUUCUCAGUUAUUCACUCACUUUCCCGUCACCGGUUUGUGUAAUUUGAUUGUACAGUCCCCAAUGUAUUAUCAGUACGCCCUAUUAUUACCACCACUAUGUGUUGUCCUCCUGCUGUGUCGGGCAGUUCAUCUUUUGUCUGCUUUGCACUUGUGGGUUGAAACUUUUGAUCAUGGCCCACCCUGGGAAUUCCGUCACGUGUGCACAAAGACACCGACACACACACACACACACACGACCCCAUUACAACAGCCGGUAUGUCCUAUUUGGUCAGAUGCUGUUAUCUUUUCGCAGUUCCCUCUCUUCAGUUCCUACCUGUCGGCGCACUUCUGUUUUAUGAAGAAAGCCCCAUGCUGUGCCAGUUUUCUAGGUGCCUGUCGACGAUGACUAUGAUGUUACCCCACUAAUGUUGUUGAGGCUUGCGUCACACGUCUCCUUCCCCGGCGUUCUCUCAACAAGCUUACUUCUGUCCGGUUACUGUGUGUGUGUGUGUAUUUGCGCGAGUGCAUACGUAUGAAUACAAUUAGGUAUACUUGGUCCAACGAUGACAACAACAAACCCUAUCACCACUGAAUCGUAACUGUGUUCCUCCCCCCAACGAUCCCUGUAUGUGUCUGCCCCCAAUUCCUCUGUACAGUUUGCACAUCAUACAUUGAGAACAAACUUCAGCCGCA